AUUAUAUGGAUGAGUAGCGCUUCUACGAAAUGGCAACAAAAUGGAUGGAAAUGGUCAAGUGUGGGCUUGUUGCAUUGUACUUCGUUUGGCUUAUAAGCAAUAGAUUUGGGUUUGUGGUCUCUCAUGGAGAUAUCAAUGAAGUUCAUAUUCCACAACAAUUUCAAAGAACAUCUUAUCAUUUCCAACCCCUCCAAAAUUGGAUGAAUGAUCCUAAUGGGCCGAUGUACUACAAAGGAAUUUACCACUUGUUCUACCAGCACAACCCUAAUGGAGCGGUUUUCGACAGCAAAAUUGUGUGGGGUCAUGCAGUAUCGCGCGAUCUAAUCAAUUGGGCUCAUCUGAAUCAUGCCCUCGAGCCCACUCAUCCAUUCGAUAUCAAUGGUUGCUGGUCCGGUUCCGUUUCCUUUCUCCAUAACAACAAACCCGUAAUUCUCUACACUGGACUCGAUUCCAGUUUCCAGCAGGUUCAGAAUCUAGCAAUCCCCAGCAAUUUCUCAGACCCUUUUCUUGAAAUUUGGACAAAAUCUUCACAUAAUCCGAUCAUAGCUCCUCCCAAUGGCAUUGAGAGACACCGAUUUAGAGACCCAACAACGGCAUGGCCAGGCCCAGAUGGCGGAUGGCGGAUCGUCAUUGGAGGCCAGACGAGCUAUGGAGGCGCGGCGAUGCUUUACAGAAGUGAGGACUUCGUUCAUUGGCAUCAAUCCAGGUUUCCUCUUUAUUCCUCUCGAGAUUCUGGAAAUUGGGAAUGCCCUGAUUUUUACCCUGUGAAACUUAAUGGAUCGAAUGGGAUUGAUUCUUUGAAUGGAUUCCGUGUUGGUGCUGUUAAGUAUGUGAUGAAAGCUAGUUUUAACUCUCAUGAUUAUUAUACAUUGGGAAGCUAUGUUCCUGAGAAAGAGAAGUUCACCUCUGAUUCUGGUGAUGGUUUUGAUCUUAGAGGAACAAACUUAGGAUUGAGAUAUGAUUAUGGGAAGUUCUAUGCUUCCAAGACGUUUUAUGAUAGCUCCCAGAAGAGGAGGAUCUUGUGGGGUUGGGUUAAUGAAUCUGAUAGCAGAGAAGAUAAUAUCAAGAAGGGAUGGGCUGGUCUUCAGGUGGUUCCUCGAAAGAUUUGGCUAUCUAAGACUGGAAGGCAGCUGAUUCAGUGGCCAGUUAAGGAAGUUGAGAAGUUGCGCACAAACCGUUUUAGCUUGUAUAAUAAAGAACUUAGAGGGAGAUCAACCAUGAAAGUCCUUGGUGGCUCAGCUUCUCAGGUGGACGCGGAAGUUUCGUUUGAGUUUCCAUACUUAGAGGAGGCUGAGAGAGUGGACACAAGAUGGUUUGAUCUUGAUCCUCAAUUGCUUUGUAGUAAAAGAGAUGCAUCAGUGAAUGGCAGAGUUGGGCCAUUUGGGUUGUUGGUUUUAGCUUCCAAUGACUUGUCUGAACACACUGCGAUAUUUUUUCGUGUUCUUAAAGCUCAUAACAGAUAUGUAGUACUGAUGUGCAGUGAUCAGAGCAGGUCCUCUUUUAGAGAAGGGGUAGAUAAAACCACUUAUGGAGCGUUCGUAGACGUAGAUCCACGCCACGAGAAGAUAUCAUUGAGAACACUGGUAGACCGGUCUAUAGUUGAGAGCUUUGGAGGAAAAGGAAAAACCUGCAUCACUUCCCGAGUAUAUCCGACUUUGGCUGUCGAUGACGAUGCUCGUUUAUACGCAUUCAACAACGGAACUCAAUCUGUAGUGAUUUCCAGUUUGAAGGUUUGGAAGAUGUGGAAUGCUCAAAUCAUGAGUUUCUGAAGCUCGAUGCCUUCAGUUUUCCUGCUAAAUUUACAAAAUAAAAGAAGUUACCCAGUAGUGAAA